CAAGCAAGCAGCCAAUUUCUAAUAUAUUAUACAAACACGACAUUUCAUUUUCUAUUUUGUAAGUUAAAAAAUAUACUCUAAAUACUCCAAAUCCCAAUCUUAAAGACACAAAAAUCAGGCGAGUCUAAAAGCAGGGUAAAACUAAACCAAACCGGCACAAUGCGACCGCCAUCUCUUCACUCGAGUUUCUUCUCCUCUCUCAAACAGGUAUCUAAUACCAGACGCUGCAUACAGAAGUGUGCAAGUGUUUAUAUCCGAAUCCUGAUUUCUGACUUCAUUUCUUUUUCAAUUUUCUUACAGGUUGAAAAAAGAUUGAAACUAGAAACUCUACCAGAUUCAGGACCAUCCAAUUCCACUUCUUCCAAAGUUCCAGAAACUAAUCUUACACCAACAGAAUCUUUAGGCACGCCACUUUACCUACAGUUAGACCAGCCUACCAACGUCAACACAAGCAAUACUCUCCAAGACAGCAGUGAACCCCCACAAGCUUUCCUCUCUUCUUCACCAAAAUUCCUUCCAACACAUCAAACCCCGCCCCGAAUAAACCCUCCAGAUCCGCCCACGAUAACCAACGACGUUGAUGAUAUCGAAUUUUUGAUGCAACUAUUGGGUUUAUCAGAUAAUCAGGGAGAGACCCAGAAAAGAAAGAAACAAGAGGUUGUUGCUUGUGGAGGAAAUUCUUGUGGAUGUGAGUGUGGAUUUUUUGAGAAGAUUGUUGGGGUUAAGGGACCAAAGUGUGAGAAGGAAGUGAAAAGAAUGGAGGGUUGGAUUAGAUACUUUUUGAGGAAUGGUAGCGAGCCAUUGAGGCUGGCUUUUUUGCUUAUGGGUAAGGCUGCUUUCGAGGGUGGUGAUGAUUGUGAUUUUGAAAGCCUAGAGUUUCCUUCUGUUACAGAAGAGUUCUUGAAGAUUGACCCACCUAAGGACUGAGGCACACCAGGAUUUUUAUUGAGUGGCUUUUCUUUGCAUUUGUCUCCUCUUCUUCUUUCCCUGUGCUAGAAGUCUGAUUGUUGAAGCGUUUGAAAUUGCAUAUCAUCAUUUCAUGUCGGUCUGUUGCAGGUGAGUCCGAGUAAUUGUGCAGUGGAGUCUGCCGUAAUUCUUCUCCAAGACAGCCGAGUGCUCUAUUCUUCACGAGGAUACCGCGUAUCAUUGUCAUGGUAUUUUGCGUUUAACUUCAGAAGGAAAGACAAAACCUCG